AUAGGAGUAGAGAGAAAAUCACCGUUAUUGUCCGAGGAUUUGUAUUGAGCCAGCGGUUCCGAAGAUUGUCGGUAAACACGAAAGACGGGGACCUGUCACUGUGAACAAUUCCUGAUGGAUCAAGAUGUGGUUUUGAUCUAGUCUGACUCAGACUUUGUGGACAGAGGGACAGGAGUUUAAACCCAGAGGCAGGACAUUUCGUCGUCCCAGACUGCAGAAAUGAGAGCAGACAACGCCCAACACCAGUUUUCUCAGGCGCUGGCGGAGGGUGAUCUAGACAGCAUCGUCAACCUUCUGCAGGAUAAUGUCCUUGACAUUGACUCAGCAGACGUGAAUCACGACCUCGAGACCCCACUGAUGAGACUUUGCCAUGCAGACGCAGUAAACCACUCGCAAAUGGCGGCCGUUUUAGAAAUUGCGCAAAGCAAGUCCCCCAACAUGGACAAACAAGACGCCGUGGGUCGAACCCUGGCCAUGCACGCCUGUAUCUCUCAGAAUCAGCCCGUCGUUACUUUCCUGACCUCGCAGCUGUAUGACGUCAUGCUCGCAGACAGAACCGGAAACAACGUCAUGCAUUAUGCUGCAACUGGCGGGAACGAAGCCAUUGUGAAACAGCUGCUCACACAUCCGGAUAUGGCGCGUGCACUUCAGGUUUUGAACUAUCACGGCUACAGUCCUAUCGACCUUGCACGCCAGAAAAAAUGCCAAGCAGUGGUUAGGAUCCUGGCCGCCUUUAUGCGUCCCCCUCCUGCCCGCAACGUCCAGUCUCAGGAUCAGAUGUCUUUUAAGCAGAACGGUCAAAACACGGACAGUCAUGGUUUGACCACUCGGCAGGACAGCAUGGCUGGCUCUGGGGUGGCAUCUUCUGUCCCUUAUUCUCGUCUUCAGCAUGAACAAUUCAGCCAUUGUCAGGACACCCAGCAUGAUGUUCCCAGACAAGUACCUGAGAGCUUGCUGGCUGGGAAUGGAGAAACCAACAGAACUGAACUACGGAGAGUCGGAGCAAUCUAUUCUCUGAAUCAAAGCGUUGAUGGAAAUGCUCCUAACGGGGAUUCUACGAAUUUGUCUGAUACAAAACACUCAGGAGACAAAGAGAAUGCGCUUCCUACCCCUGCGAUUUUUCUUUCGCGAACAAACUUGGCCCAACCUUCCAGAUCUAUCGACACAAAUAGAAAUCUCCUCACAACAGAUUACGCUUUCGGCCAAGUGCGACAGACAUCUAUGGCGACGGAACUCACGCCUCCAACAAAACCAACCCAUUCACUCACUCCAUACAAUGGUGUUAGGGAGGAAUUAUAUUUUCAACCUAUUCAUCCUAGCCCUAUGGUCAUCCCCAUAGUGUCCCCACGACGACUAAACCCUGUGGUUAGUCAAGGAAGGCCUGCUCUUUCUCUUGACUGGCUCAGUCCGAGUAUUGAAAGCGUAACAAGAGAACAGGACAGCUUGACCAGAGCGAUGACCAACCACUUGCAGUCAGAAACGUCAGGACAGGAAAACGACAGGCAUGGGCCAGAUAAUCAGAGCUCAAAUGUAUUGACAUCACAAACAAGAGGUACUUUGCAACAGAAUGGUCUAAACGACACAAAUACAGGUGUAGAUCUUUCUCCUCCAAUCUCUCUUGAUCGCAGAUCUCAGCCUUUAAAUGCCCAGAAGAUGCCAUGGCUCUCUCAGCCAGCCAGACUAAGGGUUACAACCCACAACUCACCAAACUCCCCAAGGAAACUUGUUCAUGACACCAAUAUUCGAAAUAAUUAUGCGGAACACUCAAGAACAAAUCCUUCCCAUAAUGCAACAGUUCCCGAACUCAAACCUCAGCGCAUUCAAGAAAUCUGUGCUGGUUCCAAUAACUCACGUGAUGUUGACAGUAAGCCUGUAGCGGCUGUGAGGCCGGCUGUCAACUUCCACUCUUCCCUCAGUCGCAGCCCACGGCACCGCCACCUGCUGGAGAAGCGGCAUGCCAGUCAUGACGGAGUGAGCAGCAGCCGGACAGCAGCCACCGGUGCCAGAGAUAUUGAAGAUGUGGAUGCCACGGAGUUUGAGGAGGAGUUGUCCUUGGAGACACCACGAGACGGUUCUUCAUUCUCCUCAGGAAGGAAGAACCAAAACGGGGCUCAAGACAAACGUGAACCGCAUUUACGUCAGAGAAGUCCAUCAAUCUCCUUGCCCGAUUUACGAGACAUGACUGGGUGUUUGGUUCUGUCACCUGACAUUCCAACUGAAGCUUUCGCCAUGAACAAAUCUCCCAGAAAGACGUUAGCCGAAGUCGAUCCCAGUUACUCCAACAAAGCCGAGGAGCCGAAGAGUAAUGAGAACAAAUCGGUGUCUCUAGAUACGAGCCAAAACGUACGCAAACACGAUACUAUAGAUGAAACAACUAGUAGGGAUAAAAACGAGCACGCGUUUUCCAAUGUCAGGACUCAGAUUAGACGGGCUAUUGAAAACAAGAAAAUCAUGUUCAAGGGAGACAAUAGGCAAAACAAAAUAGCCACAGAAACAGUAAAGAACAAAGCAAAAACUGAUAAUACCCGUGGGCGUAAGAAGACGGUUUCCUUUGAGAGUGCUGCAGGGGUCACCAGUUAUGACGAUGAUUUCGACGAACAAGAUGACAAGGCACAGAUGGACGGCGACAGCGACAGUGUCGAUGAAUAUUCGUUCGAUGGAGAUUCCAGUGAUGAUGGAAAGGUUGAGAAGAAUGACGCUAAUCAGGACCUGCCCAUGGACCGUUCACUUCCAUGUAUUCAAGUGCCUCGGUAUAGCUUGAAAUAACAAAGGGGUCAUUGCUACAAGGGUUUAAGUAUUGUAUUCUGGGGUAAUAAUAAUAUGUUUUUGAUAAAUUCCGUCGGCCAAAGACAGAGCGACGAACUGCACAUUUCCUGAUUUUGAGAAAGGCAAAAACAAGAACUAAUAAAUCUUGACGCUUUUUUUUUUAGAUCAGUUACUUCCGUAGCUUUACCACUUUAAGGGUGAUAAAAAAAAUAUGCCAAAAUCAUCACACGAAGUUUAUAAAAAAGAAAAACCAAUAGAAAACUCAAGCUUGGACUAAUGUGUUGAACAUACUUUCAAGUUUAUAGUUCAUGUUUUAAAAGUGCUCAAUAUGGCCAUCUUCGGCAGCACAGACAACAUCAAGCUGAUAUGAGAAUUCAUCCCAAAACGCGCCUCUGAGUUCACCGUGUCUAUUGUAGCUGUUAUUCGAUCUUUCAUAUCAUUGAUAUUUGCGGGAAGUGGUGGAGCAUAAACUUUGUGGCUAUUCAUUUUACUGCACACCUAUUCAAAUGACUUCAUUCUCAACAAGAUGGAGUACCGCCUCAUUGGUAUCUCUGGGUUCGAGCUUAUCUGAAUGAAAACGUGCCUCAGCGGUGGAUUGGUAAGAGAGUUGCUAAAGACCUCUUUCUCUGCGGUUGGCCUUCCAGAUCCCCGUACCUUACUGUGUGUAAUUUUUUUGUGGGGGUAUGUUAAAGACAAAUCUUUAUGUUCCACCACUUCCAACAAAUAUUGAUGGCAUGAAAGAUUGAAUAACAGCUACAAUCAACAUGGUGGCCUAAGAUAUUUUUAGGAGCGUUUGGGAGGAAUUCUCAUAUCGGCGUAAUGCUAUCUGUGCUUCAGGUGGUGGCCACACUGAACUGAGCACUUGCAAAACAUAAUAAAAACUUAAAAGUAUAUACAGCACGUCAUGUGUCCAAGCUAAGGUUUUCUUUUGUUAUUCAUUUUUGAAAUAUCGACGGAUGAUCUUGGCGUAUUUUUUUAAAAUCACUCUGCAUUUCGAAAGGAGGUACAUCGUCCUACUUUUGACACAAGAAGGAUAUUGGCAAGACUAUUUAACAAACCAAGAAAACUAUUUUUAAAAAUAAAGGCAACUCAGUUUUGCCAGAUACGUCGCUCUGUCAUAGGAUGGUAGAAUCGUUGGUUUGUUGUCGUUGAAGAAGGGGAUGGGUAUUGUUUAUCUUGCUUGUAUUUUUUUUUGUUUUUGUAGAGAGGGGUUUGGUUUUG